GGUAGAUUGAAGCCUUGCUUGCAUCUCAUUUUCAUAAAAGUUGUUUAAGCUUUGAAUAAGAGUAGAUGUCUUCCAACAGCUUUGUUCCCGAAAGUCGCGUUUACUCUGAAAGAUAUCCGUGGCGUGUCAAAGAUUCCUCAUCAUUUUUGCACACCGUCGAUAUGUAUUUCUCUAAUCCUUACGCUCGCACCGAGCUGCUAGGUUCCAGAGAUCCAGCGAAACCAUCAUCUAUCUUCAAGCAGGAAAGACCAAACUCACCAACUUUUUUGAAGGAGGAUUGUUGUUUACUAUAUAUGUUCAAGGAACCUACAGAAAUGGAAAUUGCUUUUUAUAUUCCGGAUCCGCUUUCGCAUUCUAGCAAGUGUAAAGUGUCAACAUUUAUCUUCAAGGUAAAGGGAAUUCUGAAAUGACAAUCCCAAGAGUACGAAAAAGAAAUGCUCUCAAGUCUUCCGUUACA